AUGCAUAUUAUUAACGAGCCCUUUUUUAGACUUCCAUGGUUGGUUGAAACUUUGCUAACCAUACUUCAACUGGUAACUGCGAAUGAACAUCACAUAAACGAAGAAGAUAGUGAUGAGAAAUUUUAUGAAAACGCAGAUGACGUUGGUGAUGUUGUUGAUGACAAAGAUGCAGGAAGAAAGCCGCACAAUGAAAUUGAUGUGAAUGAAAACUUACACAAGAUAAUCAAAGGCCAACAUCGCAUGGAAUACGUCGGUCAUGGUGAUAUCAUGUUCAGGAAGGGAGAGGAAAAAGCAGUAUUUGGCCAUACUAGUCAAGCACUCGGAGAUGAGGUAUUAGAUGAGCAGUACCAAGACGCAGUCAGGAAUAUAAACAAAAGAUGGAAGUUACCAAUACCCUAUCAAAUCGAACCAAGUCUUACCUCUUCUGCAAGAUCCGCUGUCAAACAAGCCAUUGCAGAAUAUGCGACUAAAACGUGUAUCCGGUUUCGCCAUCGAAAAACUGGAGAUCGUUCCUAUAUGUCGUUCUACAAAGGUUCAGGAUGCUGGAGUUAUGUUGGAAGAUCUGGAGGAGGUCAGCGCAUCUCACUCGGAGAUGGAUGCCAGUACAAAAAAACAGCAAUCCACGAAAUAAUGCACGCGUUAGGAUUUUAUCAUGAACAAUCGAGACCAGAUCGAGAUAGAUAUGUCACCAUCAACUUACAUAAUAUCCAAAAUAAAGAUAGGUACAUCUGUGCUCCAACUUGCUUGGCUCUAACACAAGCUGAUUUACGGUCAAUAUAUGGCACCAAAUGGGUUGGAAACACUACAUCUAAAGAAUUCGAACCUGAAAACUUAAAAUUGAAAGUUUGA